AUGUGGUCUUCGUCGUUGUCGAACGGCCUCUUCCUCCCUCUCGCCCUACUAUUUACAUCUGCCACUGCAGACGACAAAUACAACAACCGCCUCGAUACAACAGCCACAAACGCAGGCCCUCUAACAACAGUCUUCACACCGGCUGCGUCAUGCGCUACCCCCCGCACAGUCGCUAACUACGGAUACCCAUCUCUACUACAAGGCUGCGAAGGUCCAUACGGAGGCGAGUGCUGUCCAGAAGGAUGGAAAUACAAUGCAUAUUUUAGUCCCGGCCGUUGUCCAACGUCAUACAAGACCUGUACAUUGCCUACAGGCGCGCAACGCGCAGAGACGACGGCAUAUUGCUGUCCAGACGGCUUCGAAUGCAAAGGCCAGAAUUACUGCGCAAAAUCCUUCAACACAAUCUCUACAAUGACAUACGUGGAUGCAACACUCUCAACACAGCGCAAGAUCUACGGUAUCACGGCAUCGCCCAUCCAGAUUCGGUUCAAGGCUGCUCAGUCGACGAUCGUGCCUGUGCCGACUGACUCGCUGAGCCUUCCGCGCCGGUUCCUAUAUACACAUGAGAAGAUUGGGAUUGGGAUUGGAGUUCCGAUUGCUGUUGCGCUUUUGACGAUUGGGUUCUUCUGGUGGAGACGGAGUAGGGUGAGGAGGUUGAGGACGGAGGCUGAGCCGCUUAUUUCUGUGUCUGGAGCUGGAUCUGGGUCUGAGUCUGAGUCCGAGUCCCUGCCGGAGGAUAUGCCGCCGCCUUAUUUUGGUCCUGCGGCUGGUCCUGCGGCUGGUCCUGCUGCUGGUCCUGCUGCUGGUUCUGCUGCUGCUGGGGUGGAUGGGGGGUCAAUGUUGGAGAGGUUGACGGGGGAUGGUAAGCGGCCUUCUUGA